GAGAUGGUUUUGGGCUAAGAUUCCAGUAGAUCAGCAGUUUCUGAAAUACUCAGACGAGCCUGUCUGGCACCAACAACCAUGCCACGUUCAAAGUCACUUAUUUCACCUUUCUUCCCUGUUUUGAUGCUCAGUUUGAUCAUCUUGACCAUGUCGACUUGCAUAAACGCAUUGAGUUGAUGCCAUGUGAUUGGCUGAUUAGAAAUUUGCGCUAGCAAGCAGUUAGACACUCAGAAAGUGGCCAGUGAGUGUUUUUACCUAAUAAAUGGCUUCUCUUAUGCAAAUGAACUUCUCAAACAAUCAACAUCUUUACUAUACAAAAUGUUAACAGACCUGAAAAGAUUCUCAGAAAUGUAACUCAUCUGAUCUUAAUCCAAAAAACAAAAAAACAGCAGGUAUAGAAUUUUAUUUAAAAGGAACAAAAGUAACUCAAAAAGUGAGAUUAAAUUAUUUUUUGAAAAACUAAAACUUCCUCCUGCUUUUUGUUUGCCUGCGGCAAAGGCCAAAUCAUAAUUCAUUCCCUUCCCCUACAUGUAUCUCUUUGAAACGUCUUCAAAUUUGGACGUUAUUACCGCUCAAUGAUGUCAUCAAAAGUCGCUGAUCAGCUGCUUUAGCAUAAAACUGCCAGCGUUUGGAAGAUACAUAACAACUUUGGUUUUAUGUUUUUAAAAAGUCAAGCAAAAACAAAAAGUCAAAACUCACAUUGAAGUGUAAACUUGUGUGGCUCAGAGCACACCUGCUCUCUGCCUACAAGCACAAUGCAGAUCACCCUCCCAGUGGAGGGAUAGCCAGCCCUAACUCGCUACAGCUCCUCCUCAAAAAAACAAACAAGCAAACAAAAAAAAACACUUUCGGUCAAAACUAAAGCAUCAAAUUCCUCUAUUAUUUGAGCAAUAGGGAGGAGUCAGAGUGCAGUUCAGAUUUGGCCUAAGUAAAACUUUGAAAUACAAGACAGAAAAUGUUUUCAUAGAAAUGUUUUAUCAUUUUUGAUCAUAUCAAUUAUUUAAUCAAUUAUUUGUUCAAGUUUCCAAUCAAGGAAGCUUGAUGUUAUGUUAACUCAUGAGCUGUGGUUGGUACACAACUCAGUUUGGAGUUUUACAAAGCAUUUAAUAAACUGUCUGUCGUAUUAUGAGGCAAAACUAAAUGGACAGCACAACUAAACUCAAACAUAAGAGGUGAAUCAAACUGGUUGGAAAUGUUUCUGGUGACUACUUUGCUAUGACAAGGAGGUAAAUCUACAAACACAAAAAGUGCAAACAGAAUCCCGUGUGGAAGCAGCUCCACCAUUCAUUCACUCACAGGCCAGCUGAGGGUCCGUCCGUGUGGAAGGAGAAAGCAGCAGCUCGGAGUUGGCAGUCCCACAGACACAGAAAGGUUGUGUUUGGCUCGGCACUGGACUCAGCAUAUCUCUAUCUCACCACGCUGCUUUCAUCACCACUCGUGUGUUCAUGUGUGUGUGAGUCUUGGAUUGUAUCCCUGAGUCUCGCUGUAAUGUGACGGGAUUAUCGAGUUGCUGCCAUAAUGGUGGCUGGCAUCGACACAGCCUGGCAGGGGCAUCAAUCUGAGGGACUAAGUAUACCUCAGAGUGUGUGGCUGUGUGUGUUUAUGGGUGUGUAAGACCUUUGGGGCAUCCUGAACUUUUCUGAAUCCACACUCUCUUUCAUUCUUAGGUGCCCUUGGGUGGUGUUGUCCCCUUCUUGGAUGUGAGAGGUUAACUACGUCAUACUUCCCAGGAACAGCAGAGAAGUUUUCCAAGGAAAAAGAGAAUUGGAAGAUCUGAAAAGGAGAGCUGGAAUAGACAUUAAUUAGGCACUUUUCCGUACCGCUUGGAAGACAAAUAGCCGGUUUGCCUCAAAGAAAAGACCAAGAUUUGGUUCAACUCCAAACAAAAACCAAAACAGAACUGAAGAAAUACAUCGACAGCCACCAACUUGUCUUAACCACAACUUUGAACAUUUGGAAUCUACUUUCAAACGUGCCAAGAUGAUGACCAUGAUGAUGAUGAUGGCCAUGAUGGUGACCUGCAGCUCUCUGUUGGUGCUGGGGCUGGCUGCCGCCCAUGCCUCCGCCAGCACAGUGACCCGCACCUCCUCUUCGUCUUCCACCUCAUCCUCCUCUUCACCAAGAAUGAAACUUUCCUACAAAGAACUGCAGCAGUUUCAUGGAGUGCGACGGUUUGAGCUGGAGCGUUCCUGCUGCUAUAGCGCUCUGCUGCUUGAUGAAGAGAGGGGCCGACUCUUCGUCGGGGCAAAGAACUUCCUGCUGUCCCUCUCUCUGGACAACAUUGCUAAACAAGAACACAAGAUCUAUUGGCCUGCUCCAGUGGACUGGAGAGAGGAGUGUAACUGGGCUGGAAAGGAUAUCACUUCCGACUGUGUGAACUAUGUGAAGAUUGUGCACCAUUACAACCGAACUCAUCUGUAUGCCUGUGGAACCGGGGCUUUCCAUCCAACCUGCGCCUAUGUGGAGGUGGGAAACAAGAUGGAGGACCAUGUGUUCAGGAUUGAUCCCUCUAAGGUGGAGGAUGGGAAAGGAAAGAGCCCCUAUGAUCCUCGGCAUAACGCCGCAUCUGUGCUUAUCGGUGAUGAGCUCUACGCAGGUGUGGCCACAGACCUGAUGGGCCGGGACUUCACCAUCUUCAGGAGUUUGGGGAAACGUCCCUCCAUCCGCACUGAACAGCACGACUCACGCUGGCUAAAUGAACCAAAGUUCGUUGGGUCGUUUUGGGUCCCUGAGAGUGAAAAUCCUGACGAUGACAAGGUCUUUUUCUUCUUCCGUGAGACUGCAGUUGAAGCUCAGGGUUUAGGAAAGUCCACCUACUCCAGAAUUGGACAACUCUGCCGGAAUGAUUUGGGCGGGCAGCGAAGUCUGGUGAACAAGUGGACAACAUUCCUCAAGACUCGUCUCAUUUGUUCAGUUCCUGGAGCUGAUGGCAGUGACACGUACUUCGACGAACUGCGCGACGUGUUCCUGCUGCAGACCAGAGACAGAAAGCACCCUCUGGUCUACGCCGUCUUCUCCACUUCCAGUAGUGUAUUCAAAGGCUCAGCCGUGUGUCUUUACUCAAUGAAUGACAUCCGAAGGGCCUUCCUGGGGCCCUUUGCUCACAAAGAGGGACCUAACUACCAGUGGGUCCCUUUCCAGGGAAAGGUCCCAUAUCCCCGCCCAGGAAUGUGUCCAAGCAAGACAUUCGGCAGCUUUGAGUCCACAAAGGGUUUCCCAGAUGACGUGAUCCAGUUUGCACGGCACCACCCCCUGAUGUACAACCCCGUGUAUCCCAUGAGCCGACGGCCUGUUUUUGUUCGAACUAAUGUGGACUACAGCUUCACGCAGAUCGCCGUGGACAGAGUCAAUGCUGCUGACGGGCAGUAUGAUGUCAUGUUUAUUGGGACGGAUAAAGGGACAGUGUUGAAGGUGAUCAAUGUCCCCAAGGAAAGUUGGAACAACAUGGAGGAGCUUCUUCUGGAGGAGUUGGAGGUCUUCAAAGAUGCCUCCUCCAUCAUCAACAUGCAGAUCUCCUCCAAACGGCAACAGCUGUAUGUGGGCUCAGACACCGGCCUGGCCCAGGUUCCUCUGCACCGCUGCAGUGUGUACGGGAAGGCCUGCGCUGAAUGCUGCCUGGCCCGGGACCCUUACUGCGCCUGGGAUGGAACGUCCUGCACUCGCUACCUGCCAAACACAAAGAGGCGCUUCCGUCGACAGGAUGUGAGGAACGGAGACCCCAACACCCUUUGCUCCGGAGACCACCAUAAGCAUCGCAUUGCAGAGAGGAAACUCUACGGCGUUGAGGGAAGCAGCACUUUCUUGGAGUGUAUUCCCAAAUCUCUUCAAGCCAAAGUAACUUGGACGUUCCAGAAACACCCUCAGAAUCCACGAGCAGAGAUGCGUGUAGAUGAGCGAAUCUUACAAACAGACCGGGGUCUUCUGAUUCGCCGGGUCCUGAAGAGAGAUAUUGGUGUCUAUGAGUGUCACGCGAUGGAGCACGGCUUCACCCAAACUUUGCUAAGCAUCACCUUGGAAGUUAUACCUUCAACAUCCUCCUACAUCCCCAACUUGCCCUCCGACGCUCCUGUCCGAUUAGAUCCUCGCAGCGGAGGCGGCUCCUCGAUGACCAAUCAGAAGCUCUGGUACCGGGACUUCAUGCAGCUGGUGGACCACCCUAACCUGAACACCGUCGACCAGAUUUGUGAACAAGUCUGGGCACGCAAGAACGCCGGUGAAGCCCAGGGGGUUAAGAGCUUUCCUGCCCCGGCAAAGGACAUCCUGCCUCUAGGUGGUGCUGCUCGCCCACCCAACAAGAAGUGGAAGCAUCUGCAGGAAAUCCGAAAGGGGAGAAACCGCAGGACCCACGACGGGAAACCAAACCCCCGGGCACCUCGCAGUGCAGGGGAGUAACCCACACAUGGAGGGAGAACAGUGACUGAUGGAGAAAAAGAGGAGAAUAAAAGAAAGAGACUGAGAACUGAUGGAGGCGUUCACACAUGCAGAUACACACAGACAUACACAGCACCCUUCCUUUGUGUAUAUUUAUCUAUGGAUGGUCCCACUAAAUGGUACACCUUUCCUGAGCCCUCGUCCCUGAGACCGGCCCCUGCAUGUGCUGCCUUAUAGCUCAAGUUAAUUCUGCACGAUCCCUUUACUCAGUUUUUGUAGUAUUGUAAAGUACUGGCAGACACCUGGGAGAAAAUCCACCUUUAAAUGUGGGAAACCUUUACUCCACUUAUUUAUUCUCUUUUCUGAUGCUUGAAAACGUGUUCACAUGCUCACAGCAGACGUCGGCCAACAGACCAGUUCAUAUGCUCACUGUGCACACGCUCCUCUCUGGACAACAAAACUUUAACUCCACCCCAGAACUGUGGAUGAGCUUCAUUACAGGUUGCAGUUUAAAGAGAAGAUUUCACACCAGCUCUGCACGUUCAGAUGGAGACACCGCGAAAUGCUAAAAAAAAUGGAGAAAAACAAUGACUAUUUCAGUUGAAAUGCACAAGCAUGCAGACAAAAAAAAAAGACAGAUUGACAUUUUAUUUUUUGGAACCUUUUGAAAUGAAUUGAUCGUCUUCCUGUGGUCUUCUUGGUGCACAUAUCUCCAGCCCACAAGUCAGGUGUGUUACAUGAUGCAAUCGAACAGAGACACCAGCGCCUGUAGAACACAUCAGCAUCUUAGAAAACUAGUCUUUCCGUUUUUUUCCUUUUCAUUUUGGCAGUUUCACAUUGAAGCUGCUCCAUUUAACAACAGUAAAUCACCGGUUGUCAGAGAGCAGAUGGACUGGAAGUGGAUAGAUGAUGGUCAAGAAACUCAGUAGCAAACAGCUGAUAAAUUUCCAUCUCAUGAGGAUGACACAUUAAGUGCAAAUAGCAAAAAAUAAAUCUUUAUUUGGUGCAAAAAGAGGAAGUUUGACUAAAACUAAACCCUAAUUGUAAGAAAAAACUAAAUAAAGCAGAAUUUUCCCACCAAAACUUCAUGCAUUACUAUUUCUUCAAUGAAUUUUAAGAGCAGGAUGAGGAGGAAGAGAAAGGAUUUUAGCAAACUCCAUAUGACAACCCAUGUUUCUGGGCGACAGUACAGUAUAUAUAUAUAUAUUAGCAUGAUAUUUAUGAGUGAGACUGAUUUUUAUAUAAAUAUAUUUUUAGUGGUACUUCUUUUCUUUUACACUGUUCUUACAUAAGUUGUUUGUGGUAAAAAAAUAAAAUAAUAAUAAUAAAAAAAAACAAUAUGCAAAGUAAAAUGAAGUGUGCAUUUCCGAUCCUUAGUUUGGCACGGUGAAAUGCACAGAACACGGCUCAUCUGUGCGGCUUGAAAACAUUUCCACUGUUUGCUAAAACAUGAAAAAAAAAACACUGUUGACAUUUGCAGCUUAAAGAUUUCAUCUCUACAUAAUGGAAAGUUUAGAGUCUUCCUUCUCCGUGUCUUAUCUCUCUGUGUGUAUUUUCUGUACAGUAACUUUAUUUGCGGUUUGUGCUAACAUGUUGUGUGUAGUCUGCCCUCUAGUGUUUGUUGUGUGUACAAGCUUGGAUGAAAAGGUGGUACAAUAAAAAAGUUGGGUCUGUAGCUCCUCAUGAAAGAACGCCAGUUGCAUAAAUGAUGCAAUUAUGCUUUGCAGCCAUGAAAUUUAAAUAUGGUUCAUGUGUAGAAAAUAUUGUGCUGCUGUUUUAUCAUUUUAAUAAAACUGGGAAACGUUGUAUUUAGCAGAAGUUUAAUGAUUCACCCCUGAAAGCAGCACAGACUGCAUCCUUGUGUGGACUCCUUCUUGUAGCUUGUCAUUAUGUCUUUAAACAGAGGUGACUAAUGCGAAUUAAAAGCACACCCAGAAUUUUUGAUGUCACACCCAGACGGUCGGGAUUCACUGCAAAUGGUGGAUAAAAUGUUUUAAACUGUGAUCAUAUCAGGAGUUUAAAGCCCAAACAACACAUUCAUUCCACUUAUUUUUGAAAGAUAGGUUGGUGACAUCAAACUUCUCCUUUUUAGGCCAACUGUUUCUUAGAGCUUGAAAUUGCAUGACUAAUGAUAGUGGCUAACGCAUUUGACAAUGAUGAGAAAGAAAGAGGGAAACACAGCACAAUGCUGAUAAUUAUUAUUGUUAAUGUUAUUCUUAUUCUUUAGUAUUUAUGUGCAAAAAUAAGCUGACUUGUUGUGCUUUGGUCUUUAUUUUUUUCUUACAAAUGUAGAUUUUCAUCUGUAUCUUCAUCGUCUAAAGACUUCAAGAGUUUUUUGUGCGUUCCAGACAUUUCCAGAAGAAGAAGUCUGAUGUUCAAACAUCUGAGACACAUAAAUCCUACAUAGAUGCUCGUGUCUGAGUGUGUGUGCUCAUGCAGGGGAGUAAGGUCUGUGCGUGCUUUGAGUGUGUUUGUUUGAGUGUGAACAGUUUGGAAAGGAGCCGAGCUUUGUAAAUACUGGCAGGUGAACAGGAGGUUUAGAGACGUCUGUAGUUGAAAGGUUGAAGGCCAAAGUUACCUUGGUGCACUGUAAUACUCCCAGGUCUUUGUGAAAUGUCCUGUCAAAUUGUUUUUUGAUUAACACAAUAAAAAUAUGCAGUUACUUCAA